AUGACACAUGAGAGAGUUGAUAUCAUCAGUGUUUUGGUUGUGGAUGACGAUAAAACUUCUUUGGCCAUUGUUAGCAAUAUACUCACCUCAUUAGGAUACAAAGUUCUCACUGCCAACAGUGCCCUAAAUGCUUUGGAGAUUCUUAGAGAGUUCAGAGGCUUUAUUGAUCUCCUCAUUACAGAACUUCAUAUAUCUGGGAUGAAUGGAUUUGAAUUUCAAAAGUAUGUUGAAAAUCAAUUCCACUUACCAGUGAUAAUUAUGUCUUCAGAUGGAAGAAAUAGUGUAAUUUCCAAGAGUUUAGCAAAUGGUGCCGCACACUAUAUUUUGAAACCCUUUUCUGCAGAUGACUUCAAAGACAUUUGGCAGUAUGCAAGGAAACUAACUUUUCAAAAUAUUGAAGGGGGGUCAAUACCAGGUGAUAACACUUCUAUUCAGGAUGUUCACUCUGCAAUAUCAUCGAAUGUGAGCAAGAGAAAAAGGAAGUGUUUCCCAAGAAAGAGUACCCAAAUGAAUAAGGAAGGCCAAAGUGGAGAAAGCUCUACGCUUGUAAAGAAACCAAAGGUUGUUUGGACACCAUAUCUUCACAACCGCUUUCUGCUUGCCAUAAAACAAAUUGGAUUGGAGAAGGCUGUUCCAAAGACAAUUCUUCAAGUCAUGAAUGUGCCAAACUUGACAAGAGAAAAUGUUGCCAGUCACUUACAGAAGUAUCGCAUAUUCCUGCGAAAAGUAGCAGAUAAAGGAUUGCUUGAGGGCUUAUCUAACAGGGAUCUAAGGUCAAGGUUUGCCUAUGGCCUUUCAGCAUCAAUGAUCAAAGACAUCCAAGCAAAAACUGCGAAGUCGCGUGUUACUGCGCAGCAAUAUAUGAAAAGAAUAGCACAUCAAUCAGUGUAUGGAGGAAUAGCCAAUGCUGUUAAAUCUUACAACCAUGUUUCAAGUGUGACUAAUACUCCACUUGGAAGAAGCCAUCAAUUUCCCCAUCCAUAUCACAAAGGCUUGAAUAUGAUGCUUCACAACCAACAUGGUAGUUCUUCGGAUCAAGCAAGGCUUAGAGCACAAUCAAGCUUUGGAAGCAAUGUUGGGACCAAUAAUAUCCAGCAAAAUACGUUGGGAAGCUAUGCAAACCAACCAUAUUAUGCACAAAGCUCUUACAACAAUGUUGGUGUUGUCUUUCCUUCAGAUGGAGUAACGAGACAUGGCUUGAUGACUUCCACAAAUGGCCUAAGAGGAGGUGUGAACUAUGGUGGCAACCAAUUGAUGUAUCCAAACUAUGCUUCAUUGGGAAAUCAACACAAGUUUAGCUGUGGUCAAGGAAACUGGAACAUUGGAUCUUUGAAUUACAACAGGAGCUUUGGCUUGAUCAAUGAGACGAGUGAAAAUGUGAAUAAGAAUGUGUUAAGUUUUGGGCAAGGAAAUUUUGAUUUGGCUCAAGGAGGGUUUGCUUCUACUUCUAGUGCUGGGGAGUGUUGGUCAAAGGAGCUUCCAGCAGAAAAUAUUCAAGGAAACCCAACACUGCAUCAACAACUACAAGGCAAUUUUGCAGAAAAUGAUAUUGGUACUUCCAUUGGUGAGGGCAAUGUCAACCUCCUGGACGAAGAUGACUUUUCUAAUCUUUUCAUGAUGCUAGAUGAAAUGGAUCUUCUUAAUGAGACUGAAGAGAACCAUAAUGCAAAUGACUUCUUGAAGUCUGACUUUUCAAGCUCUAAUCACGCUGUGCAGUCCCUUGAACAGAUGGGAGGUGAUGAUGGAUAUGCAAACAUGGAACACUUGAACAGGUUCAUGAUGAAUGAUGAUGUCUCCUCAGGAAGUAACUCGGCUACUGAUCAGGAUUGGGAUUUCGAACUUAUUGAAGCCCUGUUCGGUGACGAGAAAAAUCAGGGAGAAUGA